AUGUUUGAUUCGGACCCCACAUCGUUGUACAGCGUGAAGGCCAUCGUCAUUCUCGACCAGGACGGGAAUCGCGUCGUCAACAAGUACUACGACAAAGAGGCCUUCCCGACGACAAAGGAACAACGCGCUUUCGAGACGAGCCUCUUCAAGAAGUCCCAGCGCAACACUGGAUCCGAGAUCAUCCUGCUCGACGGCAUCACAUGCCUGUACCGCUUCAACGUCGACCUCUACUUCUACGUGCUCGGCGCGGCUCGAGAGAAUGAACUGAUCCUAGAAAGCGUACUGAACGGCCUGUAUGACUCGGUGUCGACGGUGCUGCGGAAGAACAUUGAGAAGAAGGCCCUCCUCGACGUGAUGGACACCACGAUUCUCAUCAUCGACGAGAUUUGCGAUGAGGGAAUCAUCAUGGAGACGGACCCGCAGGCGAUCGUAUCGCGAUGCUCGCUGCGAGGGGAUGAAGUUUCGUUUGGCUCCGAUCAAUCCUUCUCCCAGAUUGGCGGCAGUGCCAUCAGCGCCCUCAAGGAUCAAUUCAAGUGGUCGCUGUACAAA